AUGGCACAGUCACAGCGAACACAGUUCCUUCCAGAACACGUAACCUCGGCGAAAGGUUUUUCACCGUUGGUCUACGGCCCGUCGUCACACAGAAGAGGAAAGAGAGAAGGAAGCGGCUGUUCCUCGAAGCAUAGAGGUUAUCGUGCGGCCGUGAAUGCGGUAGUUCCCCUGCAGCUGGAAGCGAGCCAGGAGGUCAACUGUGUGCCUAUAAGAGCUCGGCAGGUUCCUCCGAAACGGAGGCUGGAACCAGCAGAGCUGCUCACAUCUCUGCCUGACGGACAUUUACUGCACAUCAUGGCAGUUCUUAUGAAAAUCUUCUUAAUUUCUCUGGUGCUAUCAAUUGUUGCUACAGCUGAACUAAAAAAGUGUGGAGACCCAUGCGUCAGCCACCAGUGCGGGCCGGGACAGCGCUGCGUGCCGCGACAGGUGCAGUGCGUGAGGGCUCCCUGCUGCAGCCUGCCGCAUUGCACCGACGCCGACAGGAGUGAAGGCUGACGCUGACCGCGUAUCGCCUACGCAGGCCUGCACGCAAUAAACAAUCAUUCUGCAAAGUGUGAAGACGUUUACUUUUCUCUUCAACCCUCUGUCUGGCUGCAUCUACACCUACAUACAUACAUGCAAUGCAGGCUAGUCAUUCCCUUUUCCUGUUCCACUCGCAGAUGGAGCGUUUCUGUGAACCAUAAUUCCUCCUGCCUUGCCCAUGGGGUCCCUAUGUGCUAUGUACGGUCAGCAUAGUAGCAUCGUUCCAUCCCUCUGCAACGUGUAGCAAAUGCUGGUUUUCUAAAUGUUUUAGCUCAGUUUCGAGUAUUAUAGAGCCAUACAAUUUUUUGAAAUUAAUAACAAGGUCAUGUGUGCCAACUGUUCAAAACAGUAAAGGAUGAUGCCGUUCAUUUGGUGGAUAAAUUUAAGAGAUUUAACUAUGUUAAUCUGGAGUUUCAAGGAGCCAAUAAAACACUUACACGUUGCCCAAGAA